AUGGUCUUCUGCUCUUGCUUCGGGGGAGGGCCGUCUACACGUGAAAGCAAAGACGCGAAAAGCCAUGACCUGAAGCCGGUGGCGAUGCGCGCGGUGGGGGGGGACGGCGCGCUGCCGCGGUACUCGCAGGAGGAGCUGCGGCGGGCGACGGGCGACUGGCGCACCAAGCUGGGGGAAGGCGGCUUCGGCGCCGUCUACAAGGGCAUGCUGCUGCUGCCCCGCGGGGGCGAUGGGGAAGCGCACGGGGAAGGGGAAGGGGAUGGGGAGGACGGAGAGGAUGAGGAGGAGGUGGAGGAGGGAUUUGAGGAGACAUUGGAGGGGUUGGAAGUGGUGGAGGUGGAUGGGAAGAGGUUUGUUCCGGUGGCGGUGAAGAUGUGUCAUAUUGAGGAAGAAGAAAAUUCUGGGGGAAGGGAGCAGCUGAUGACGGAGAUCAUGGUAAUGACGGCUCUCCGCCAUCCCAACGUGCUGCGGCUGUUGGGAAUGGCCGUCCAGGGGCAAACCAUUUCAAUGGUCUCUGAGUUCGUCCCGGGCGGAGAUGUUUCGCAGCGGUUAGAAAAAGCAAGGAGUGGAGAAAAACCCUUCCCUUGGAAGGACCGGUUGCGAGUAGCGGAGGGGAGUCUUGAAGGGCUGGCUGCGAUUCAUGAGGCGGGAUUCAUUCACCGUGACUUCAAGUCCGCCAAUGUGCUUCUCACGAAGUCACUUGUUCCAAAGGUGGCGGAUUUCGGAUUGGCCAAGACAUGCCAGGACAAGACACAUGUCACGACGCGAGUGGCUGGGUCGAUGGGCUACAUGGAUCCAUCGUACUUUGAGAGAGGAUACCUAUCUGCACACUGCGACACGUUCGCUUUCGGAAUCUUUCUGCUAGAGCUCAUGACCGGCUACCCCGCAUUGGACGAGGGCUUUCAAGAGCCCAGGGAGAAGCUCACCGAUCCAGACUUUGCGGAUUACAGCGAGGUGGUGGAUAAGAGCCUGGAGGGGCAGUGGACUGAGGAGCAGGCGAGGUUUCUGGUGGGGGUGGUGCGCGGGGCCAUUCUGACUGAGUGGGAAGAUCGACUCACCUUGGAGCAAAUACUGGACGCAUGGAAGACUCAUUUAGUACUUGAGGGGUAG